CUGUGGUAACUAGUGACAACCCAAUGUCAGUGACAAAUUCCUUAGCACAGCUUUCAAUUACUGCCUCUUAUACAUUUACCACAUUGCAGAUAGAUGCGCCCCGUUUCCUAAAUAUCUAACGCAGCAUUGUGCAUAUGCGAAUCAUCUACCUGCUACAGGAAUAUGGCAUCGGGACCAGGUUUCAGUGAUGAAAAGAAURAGACAUUGUGCGAGAGUGAAARCACUGUCUAUGUACAUAACCCACACCUGGAUGGGAUGAAAGAUGACUUUCUCUACCACUUUAACCUGGGGACCUCCACACACAACCUGCCUGCCAUGUUUGGGGAUGUCAAAUUUGUGUGUGUUGGGGGCAGUCCCUGGAGAAUGAAGUCCUUCAUAGAGUACAUUGCUGGAGAGCUGAGUCUGGAGGACCCCAAGGCUGAGUACCCCAACAUCUGUGCAGGAACUGACCGCUAUGCCAUGUACAAGAUUGGCCCCGUGCUGUCCGUCAGCGUACGUGAAUGCCUCGAGCCUGGCACGGUGUUGUCACCAAGACAGUCAGUAGACGCCUACCUUCUGCCAGGUUUGGAGCAGGUCAUCCUGGGGAAUACUGUGGUGCGCAGCACGGACCUGCACCAAGGUCUGGCUGAAGAGCUGCUCCAGUGUAGCAAGGACCUGGGUCAAUUUGAGACGGUCAUCGGAAACACUAUGUGUACAAUGGAUUUCUAUGAAGGACAAGCACGUCUGGAUGGGGCUUUCUGCUCCUACACAGAGAAGGAGAAGCAGGACUACCUGACCAAGGCCUAUGAGUCUGGGGUUCGUAACAUCGAGAUGGAGUCUUCUGUGUUUGCUGCCAUGUGUCAACUCAGCGGUCUGAAAGCGGCCGUGGUGUGUGUGACGCUAUUGGACCGUCAGAAAGGUGACCAGCUGAACAGCUCUCAUGAAGUUCUCCACAGCUACCAACAACGUCCUCAGAUACUGGUCGGUCACCUGAUCAAGAAGAUGCUCCAAGCCUCAGCCUCUAGCAGAAGCUAGGCUCUUGCAUUUUAGCUUUCUGAUGUUAUGUGACUUAUGAAAGGUCUCUUGUACACAGAGUAUACAAAACAUAAAGAUCACUUUCCUAAUAUUGAGUUACCCCCCCCACAACUUUGCUGUUCUUGACAAACAACGGUGCUCCAGGCACCUACUACCAUGACCCGUUCAAAGGCACGUUUGUCUUGCCCAUUCACCAUCUGAAUGGCACACAUAGACAAU